AGAGUCGUUUUUAAAGUUUGAGCAGAUGAGUUUGCAUAAACCAUGGUGGUUUGUCGCCACCAAGUGAAAUUUCUCUGCCAUCAUUGCAAUAAUCCAACUGCCUGUUAGAAUCGCGUGCACGUGCGCGCGCGCGCAUAAUCAAAACAAACCUGCCUAGUUAUUAUGAAUCUUCCACAUGUUUGAACCGGGGCCCGCAUUGCGCUCUCAUCUUCAAGCGUACCCAGAAUUUCGAGAAUACGGAAAUAUGGCGCGCCGUGCGUGCGUGGGGGCAACCCCGUCUCAGCCUCCAUCUGAUGGCAGCAUCAGGCAGUCCCGUGAAACAUUUGCGUGGGAGUUCCCUUCACCGCCAUGUCGGGAUAGUGCACAUCUCUCUCUCUCUCUCUCUCUCUCUCUCUCCCUCCCUCCCUCUCUCUCUCCGCGCAUCCUCCCCCACAUUAACAGCUUAGCACAGCAGCAGCAGCAGCAGCUCCUACAGCAUCCAGCAUCCCAUCCCUGCCUGGGGAGCAGCAGUCCUACCCGGCGCAGCACCGACGCACGGAGGGGGCGCAUCAUCUAAGUGAUGCCACAGCAUCAGUCGCAUUUCGACAUCAAAUACCGAGAGUAGAUCCUAAAGGAGGGAGAGAAAAACGCUUCAGCCUCGAAGACAGCAACUGCCCAUGAAGAUGUCUAACGCUGACAUCGUCUUAAACGCCACCGAUCGGGUGGUGAAAUCUGUCCCCUUCCCUCUGAGUCACCGCCUUACAAUGAAGGAAGUUUUUGACUGCGAAGGGAAACCUCGUGUGGAUCUCCUCAAGGCCCACCUCACCAAAGAGGGCCGCGUGGAGGAAGCGGUGGCACUUCGGAUCGUCAACGAGGGAGCAGCUAUCCUGCGUCAGGAGAAAACUAUACUGGACAUCGAGGCACCAGUUACAGUGUGUGGGGACAUCCAUGGGCAAUUCUUUGAUCUUAUGAAGCUGUUUGAAGUGGGAGGAUCACCAGCCACAACACGGUACCUGUUCCUCGGGGACUACGUUGACCGUGGCUACUUCAGUAUUGAGUGUGUUUUAUACCUUUGGUCGCUGAAAAUCCUCUAUCCAAAGACACUAUUUUUACUUCGUGGAAAUCAUGAAUGUAGACAUUUGACAGAAUAUUUCACCUUCAAACAAGAAUGUAAAAUCAAGUACUCCGAGCAGGUGUAUGACUCAUGUAUGGAUGCGUUUGACUGCCUUCCCCUGGCUGCGCUCAUGAACCAACAGUUUCUGUGUGUCCAUGGUGGGCUCUCACCUGAAAUACACACCUUAGAUGACAUUAAAAAGUUGGAUCGGUUCAAGGAGCCACCAGCUUUCGGGCCCAUGUGUGACCUGCUGUGGUCUGAUCCUCUGGAAGACUUUGGCAAUGAGAAAACCCAGGAAUAUUUCAGCCACAACACAGUGCGAGGCUGCUCCUACUUCUACAGUUAUCCAGCUGUAUGCGAGUUCCUACAGAGCAAUAACCUAUUAUCAAUUAUUCGAGCGCAUGAAGCACAAGAUGCCGGCUACCGGAUGUACCGCAAAAGCCAGACCACUGGGUUUCCAUCCCUCAUUACCAUCUUCUCAGCACCAAACUACCUGGAUGUUUACAACAACAAAGCUGCUGUACUGAAGUAUGAAAAUAAUGUCAUGAACAUCCGACAGUUCAACUGCUCACCCCAUCCCUACUGGCUGCCCAAUUUCAUGGAUGUCUUCACCUGGUCUCUGCCAUUUGUUGGAGAGAAAGUCACAGAAAUGCUGGUGAAUGUGCUGAGCAUCUGCUCUGAUGAUGAACUCAUGAAUGAUGAAGAUGAGAUCUUUGAUGCCAAUGCAGCUGCAGCACGCAAGGAGGUGAUCAGAAACAAGAUCCGUGCUAUUGGGAAAAUGGCCAAAAUGUUUUCCGUUCUCAGAGAGGAGAGUGAAAAUGUGUUGACGCUGAAGGGCCUGACGCCCACUGGCAUGCUGCCGAGUGGGGUUCUCUCUGGAGGUAGACAGACACUGCAGAGUGCCACCAUUGAAGCCAUUGAAGCCAUCGAGACGCAUGAUGAGGACAGAGAAGCUAUCCGCGGGUUCUCCCCUCAGCACAAGAUCACAAGCUUUGAAGAGGCUAAGGGUCUGGACCGCAUCAAUGAGCGCAUGCCACCCCGCAAGGACGGGGUGAACCACGUGGGCCACUCCAUGGGAAAGAUGAAUAUGUCAGAGGCGAACGGCACGGACGACAACAGCAACGUCCAGUGAUGUGCUGCUCGUCUGAGCCUCAGAACUGUGCCGCUGUUGCGCCGUGCAGCAAGACAUUGCCAAAUCGGGAAUUCAGGCCUCAGAACAUAGAAAUCAAAACAGGCCCACAGACAGAACCAUGAAAUCUGCAGCGAAUCUAAAAUGGGCAAAAAAUGGUCAUUUUUUUCAUGACAAUGUCAUCGCACAGUUUGGGGGAGGGGGAAGAGGGGGAGCUGGGGGUUGACAGCAGAGGUGGCAGGGAUAAAGAGAGUCCAGCUGGCUGCAGCUUGACUGAAAAAGUGUGAUUGAAAGUAAUCUCUGCCUGUUGUUCCCUUUUUCAGCUCAAUUACAGACUGAAGCGUUGGGGGCUGUGUCGUUCUGAGCGCUGACAAAUGUCUGCUCCUUCAUUACAGGGCCUGACAGAAGACAUAAUUGCAGUAUCCAUGCCACACAAAUCAUUUUACUAUUUUAUAAAGUGUUUAUUAUAAAUCACUCACAAAUUCACUUCUGAGGAAAAUAAUCUUGUUUACCUACAUGUUUUUGCUAGUAUUAACAAGUCACACCACUUUGUGAAAAAGAAAGCAAAAAGAAAGAAAGCAAAAUGUAUACCUCUUAAAACUUGCAGUGCAAUCUUACCGGUGGACUUAAAUUUAUUGAUUUACCUUGUUGUAAGAUGCUGUCAUCCUGCGAGGGAAAGAGGACCGGGUGCUCACGUGUGCUCACAGCUCUGCCCUGAUCACCAAAGCCACCAUAGUCUGAGAUCAAACUCCACCUCGGGUAUGUCUCAGUACUCUCCAGUACUAACUCCUUUCCUCACCUCCCUCCUUAUCAGUCAUCUCCUAGCAAGAAGUCAUUUGGAGGGGAUGAGGGAAGAAAGGGAGGGGAGGAAAAGAGCACUUGGGAAAUUUGGAUCCACUGCUUACUGUAGGUACCUCAGCAUCACAGAUUUAAUGCCAAGAUUUAACAUUUGAAAAUGUCCCCAAAAGGAACACACGGACCCAUAUGACGAUGCAACUUCAUCAAUGUCUGUAAGUGAAUCUUAAAAGGUUAUAUUUCCAUCCAAACCAUCCUUUAAGUUAUUUUCCUCCUCUCCGCUACUUGUUCAAGCACACAUCAGAGAAGCUUGGCAUUAGAGCAAGCUAUACCUCACACAUGUCCAAAAAUCAUGCACUUCUCUUUCUGGAAAGUAUACACUUGAGCAUCCUCCAAGCGGAGGAGGCUAUGAAUCAAGAUUUUUCUCAUUCCCUCUGCAUCGAUGUGACUGGCACUAAAGUGGCAUUGACACCUGUUUUUGGACAGUGGAGAAGGAGAAGUGUUUUUGAACUUUGGGACAUCCUCUGUUGUUACACACUACCUGAUUAUUUCUCACCUGCUUGUUGCCUAAGAGAAAGUAAAAGAAUAUGUGCCGUCACUCGAGCAUACGUUAGCGCCCUUUGAGUUUUUGCACUUUUGCUGUGCUGCAAAUUCACUGAGGUUUAACGCCUAAGAGCUACACAAAAUACUAUAUCAGAGUGAGAAGGAAAUUCUACAGAUGUGUGAAUGCAUAAAAUCAAAAAUAUCUUUUUUUGUUUAAAGAAUAUUUAACAACCACACAUUAUUGUGUCAUUUGGAAUAUGCAGCUUUAGAUCCAUCCUGAAAUUUAUUUGAGGGAUUUGAAGAAUGUAUCCAGACCAGAAUUCAGUUAAGUAAUGCUACUUUUGAGAACAGAUGUUAUUUCUUUUUCCACUAAAAUUAACCUUAAAUUAUUUUAAAGUAGUCAGAGGUACUUUCUUCAUGAAAACUAAGCACAGCGCAGACAAAGCAUGUGGUUUAUGAAUCCAUACAUUUUGCAUCUAAGUGUGUUAAUCAUAUAAUCAUUUCUUGUUUUUCAAUCAACUUUUCUAAACUAAUCUAAUUUUACUGUGGAGAAACAGGCCGAGAAAAAUUUCACUGACAAGUGCACCCACACUGUGAUCCAAAAUAAAACAUAAAUUCACAUGUUCAAAUAUUGCGUCCAGAUAUUUUGAUGACAAGUCAGUUUAUAUCCUAAAAUUCCAUGUUGCACUGAAGGUGUCUUUUUGACUGAAAGAAAGAAAGAAAGAAAUGAAAAUAGGAAACAUUCUGGUUCUUUCAAAAAUAUAUGAUUUGGGAAAGUCGAUACCAGUGAAAGCCCAACCUCAAACAACACAUGCUAUCACGUAAAUUUCUAGAAUUUCCUUUCAUCAAUAUUUUUUCUACCUUAUAUUCCAUCUUUCUAUUUAUUGAUAAAGGUAUGUCGAUGAAGGAUGGACCGAUGAUUUUUAACACAGCAUCUAUGGUAUGGAACGCAUCAAUGCAUGCAAUUAAGUUCCUAAUUGUUAUGUGAGAUUAUAAUUGUGAUAGUUGUGUUUCAAAUAGUAAACUUGAAUUAUUUUAUUUUUGGAUUAUAUUUGUUGUUUUAUUUGUCUUGUUUUAUAAAUUUUAUAAAUAGGCUUCCUUUGAUUGUUUUUGUCCAUUUUUUCAUUCUGUUAUUUAUGACCACUGCUUUUAAUUUUAUAUUGAUUUAUUGUAUGCAGAGGUGUGAAGCCUUGUGUUUAUUUUUUUCGGUUGUACUGAUGUACAGAAAAUGUUCAA